AUGAUAAAAUUUUUAACUCCUAAAAUAAAAAUUUUAAAAAAAUUAAAUCUUCCUUUUUUAUUAUAUUUAUCUAGUAAAUAUAAUUAUAAGUUAAAAAUUAAUAAAUAUACAUAUAAAUCUUAUUUUGAUUUAAAAUUAAAGUUUAUAAGAUAUAUUUGUUAUAAUUAUUGUAUAACAUUUAAACAAUAUUUACAUUAUUUAAAAAAAAUAAAAAAUUAUAAUGAAAAUAAUUUAUAUUUUAAAUUAUUAAAUUUAUUAGAAUCUAGAUUAGAUGUUUUUUUAGUAAAUAUAGGAUUUUUUAAAACUAUAUUACAAUCUAGAUAUUAUAUAAAAUAUAAAUAUGUAUAUAUAAAUAAUGUUUAUUGUAAUUAUUAUAAUAUUAAAUUAAAGUGUAAUGAUAUAAUUUUUUUUAAUAAUAAAAUUAAAUAUAUAAUUUUACAGAAUUUAAUUUAUAGAUAUAAUAUAUAUAUUUAUAUAUCUAAUUUAUAUAAAUAUAAUUUUAUUAAAUCUCAUAGUUUUAAUGAUUAUUUUAUUAUAUGUAUAUAUAAUUUUAAAAUAAAAAUAUUAAAUGAUUUAUAUUUAAAUAAUAUUUUAUAUAUUUAUAAUAAUAUUUAUAAUAUAUAA